GUCGGGAUCGUAGAGUGGACCUUUCGUGCGCUUUUUCCUGUAGACCCGGCAGUCGAUUGCGUGGAAAGACCGUCUAGCCUCUGCGCCACACAAAAUAUCAUCAACAUAGUGAAUGAUAUAACAAUCUGAAAAUUUGUCUCUAACUGGUUGAAGGACUUGACCUACGAAAGUUUGACAAAUAGUUGGACUAUUAAGCAAUCCCUGAGGAUUCACUUUCAAAGAGACAUAUUAUGCAAGGAAGCAAUUCAGAAGAGGAAAGAAAAGAAGUCAGGAAUGGCCCUCACUCAUGUAAGGGACAAUUGUUAUUCAGGGAUGUGGCCAUAGAAUUCUCUCAGGAGGAGUGGAAAUGCCUGAACCCUGGGCAGAAAGCUUUAUACAGGGAUGUGAUGUUAGAGAACUACAGGAACCUGAUCUCCCUAGGUGAGGAUAAUGUUCCUCCAGAAGCCUGGAUCUGCUCUGGAAUCUGUCUUCCUGACCUGAGUGUUAUCUCCAUUUUGGAGCAAAAGAGAGAUCCCUGGACUCUGCAGAGUGAUGUGAAAGUAGCAAACAAUCCAAAUGGCAGGGAGUACAUCAAAGGUGUGAAAACAGGAUUAGCUCCUAAAGCCUCUUUCAUCUCUCCUAAGGAAGAAGCCUAGAAGAGGAGGAAGAGGAAAGAAAAGGAAUCAGGAACGGCUCUUACUCAGGAUUGACUUCUAAAGAUUCUUGGUACGUGAGGAAGAAACUCGGAAGAGGAAGAGGAAAGCAAAGGAGUCAGGGAUGGCUCUUUCUUAGAUAUCUCUUCCAAAUGCUUGAUGAAAAAGGUGGAAAGAUCACUUGAGCCAGGGCAUUGAAGUCUGCAGUGAGCCCUGUUUUUGCCACCACAUUCCAGCCUGGGAUUGAUUUCUAAAGACUCAUGUUAUGUGAGGAAGCAGCUGAGAAGAGGAAAGGAAAGGAGCCAGACAUGGCCCUUCCUCAGGGACGCUUGACUUUCAGGGAUGUGGCUAUAGAAUUCUCAUUGGCGGAGUGGAAAUGCCUGAACCCUGCGCAGAGGGCUUUAUACAGGGAAGUGAUGUUGGAGAACUACAGGAACCUGGAGUCUGUGGAUAUCUCUUCCAAAUGCAUGAUGAAGGAGAUCUUGUCAACAGGGCAGGGCAAUACGGAAGUGCUCCACACAGGGACAUUGCAAAGACAUGAAAGUCAUCACAUUGGAGAUUUUUGCUUCCAGGAUAUUGAGAAAGAAAUUCAUGACAUUGAUUUUCAGUGUCAAGAAGAUGAAAGAAAUGGCCAUGAAGCACCCAUGACAAAAAUUAAAAUGUUGACUGGGAGUACAGACCGAUAUGAUCAAAGGCAAGCUGGAAACAAGCCUAUUAAUGAUCAGCUUGGAUCAUGCUUUCAUUCGCAUCUGCCUCAACUCCACUUAUUUCAGAUCAAAGGUAUAAUUGCUAAUCAACUUGAGAAGUCUACCAAUGAUGCUCCCUCACUUUCAACAUUCCAAAGAAUUUCUUGUAGGCCCCAAAUCCAUAUUUCUAAUAACUAUGAGAGUAAUUCCCCAAAUUCUUCACUACUCGCACAAAAACAGAAAGUACACAUGAGAGAAACAUCUUUCCAAUGUAAUGAGAGUGAUAAAGCCUUUAAUUGUAGCUCAGUCUUAAGGAAACACCAGAUAAUCCAUUUAGGAGACAAACAAUAUAAAUGUGAUGGAGUAAAACCUUACAAGUGUACUGAGUGUGGCAAGAUCUUUGGUCAUAAUUCAGCCCUUGUAAUUCAUAAGGCAAUUCAUAGUGGAGAGAAACCUUACAAGUGUAAUGAAUGUGGCAAGACUUUUAAUCAACAAUCACACCUUUCACGUCAUCAUAGACUUCACACUGGAGAGAAGCCUUACAAAUGUAAGGUUUGUGACAAGGCUUUCACGUGUCAUUCCUACCUGGCAAACCAUACUAGAAUUCAUAGUGGAGAGAAACCUUACAAGUGUAAUGAGUGUGGCAAGGCUUUUAACCAACAAUCAAACCUUGCACGUCAUCAUAGACUUCAUACUGGAGAGAAACCUUACAAAUGUGAAGAAUGUGACAAAGUUUUCAGUCAGAAAUCAACCCUUGAGAUACAUCAGAGAAUUCACACUGGAGAGAAACCGUACAAAUGUAAGGUUUGUGACACAGCUUUCACGUGUAAUUCACAGCUGGCACGACAUAGAAGAAUUCACACUAGAGAGAAAACUUACAAGUGUAAUGUGUGUGGCAAGACCUUCAUUCACAUGUCAUACCUCGUAUGCCAUCGUAGAGUUCAUAGUGGUGAGAAACCUUACAAGUGUAAUGAGUGUGGAAAGACCUUCAGUCACAGAUCAUACCUUGUAUGCCAUCGUAGAGUUCAUAGUGGAGAGAAACCUUACAAGUGUAAUGAAUGUGGCAGGACCUUCAGUCACAGGUCAUCCCUUGUAUGCCAUCGUAGACUUCAUAGUGGUGAGAAACCUUACAAGUGUAAUGAGUGCAGCAAGACCUUCAGUCGCAGGUCAUCCCUCCUAUGCCAUCGUAGACUUCAUAGUGGUGAGAAACCUUACAAGUUUAAUGAGUAUGGCAAUAACUUCCGUCACUGGCCAUCCCUUAUAUACCAUCGUAAACGUCACACUGGAGAGAAAUCUUACAAAUGUACAGUUUGUGACAAGGCUUUUGUGCGUAAGUCAGUCCUAGCAAUACAUACUAGAAUUCACAGUGCAGAGAAACCUUACAAGUGUAAUGAAUGUGGGAAGGCUUUUAAGCAACAAUCACACCUUUCACGUCAUCAUAGAAUUCAUACUGGAGAGAAACCUUACAAAUGUGAAGCAUGUGACAAAGUUUUCAGUCGCAAAUCAACCCUUGAGACACACAAGAGAAUUCACACUGGAGAGAAACCGUACAAAUGUAAGGUUUGUGACACAGCUUUCACGUGGAAUUCACAGCUGGCUCGACAUACCAGAAUUCACACUGGAGAGAAAACUUACAAGUGUAAUGAGUGUGGUAAGACUUUCAGUCACAAGUCCUCCCUUGUAUGCCAUCGAAGACUUCAUGGUGGAGAGAAAUCUUACAAAUGUGAGGUUUGUGACAAGGCUUUCACGUGUCGUUCCUACGUGACAAAACAUACUAGAAUUCAUAGUGGAGAGAAACCUUACAAGUGUAAUGAGUGCGGCAAGACCUUCAGUCACAGGUCAUCCCUUGUAUGCCAUCAUAGACUUCAUAGUGGUGAGAAACCUUACAAGUGUAAUGAGUGCGGCAAGACCUUCAGCCAGAAGGCAUCCCUUCUAUGCCAUCGUAGACUUCAUAGUGGUGAGAAACCUUACAAGUGUAAUGAGUGUGGAAAUACCUUCCGUCACUGGUCAUCCCUUGUAUGCCAUCGUAGACUUCAUAACGGAGAGAAAUCUUACAAAUGUACGGUUUGUGACAAGGCUUUCGUGCGUAAUUCACUCCUGGCAAGACAUACUACAAUUCACACUGCAGAGAAACCUUACAAGUGUAAUGAAUGUGGGAAGGUUUUUAAUCGACAGUCACACCUUUCAAGUCAUCAUAGAAUUCAUACUGGAGAGAAACCUUACAAAUGUGAAGCAUGUGACAAAGUUUUCAGUCGCAAAUCACACCUUAAAAGGCAUAGUAGAAUUCACACUGGAGAGAAACUUUUUAAGUGUAGUGAGUGUGGCAAAGCCUUUAGUGAACAGUCAGUGCUUAUUCACCAUCAGGCAAUUCAUGGUUUAGGGAAAGUUGACUAAUGUAAUUGUGUCCGGAAUUGAUGGGUUCUUGGUCUCACUGAGUUCAAGAAUGAAGCCACGGAUCCUCGCGGUGAGUGUUACAGUACUUAAAGAUGGUGUAUCCGGA